AUUUACAGACUGCAGCUGGGAGAGAGACGGAAACUGAGAGAGACAGAGACGGAGAGAGAGAGACGGAACCAUGAGGAACUUGAACAUUCUGGUCCUGACUUUCUGCUAUUGCUUGGUCUGGGUCCCCCCAGGGGCCCUGGGCAAGAGGCCGACCCGCUUCUCCAGCGAGCUGAUCAACCUGGGGAGGGUGCGCGGCUGCGAAGGAGGCGAGAGUGCGGAGGAGAACGAAGAGGAGGACGAGGAGCAGAUGGAGGAGGAGUUGAGCUCCUGGUUGGUGCUGCUGGAGAAGGAACGAAAGCUGAACCCGGCCCUGGAUAAGGCCUGGUCUCAGGCCUGGCUGGAGUGGGCCAGGAUGAAAGAGGGGGGCAGCAGUGCCCCGGGAGGCCUGAGGGACGAGCUGGUGGUGGCCGUAGUGUGUUACGCACUGGAAUACCCUCCCCCGCCUUUGGGACCCCUUUACCUGGUUUUCAAUCAGGCUUCGCGGCACUGCUUGGGGGCCGAGGAUUUGCCGGAGGCCUGCGAGCGGUUCAGGGGCCUACACCAGCUCCUGGGCCUGGCGCUGAGGGGCCUGAGGAGGGCGGAGCGGGCCCAGGGCAAGGAGGGGGCACCAGGCAUGGUGUACAGGGGCUCCCCGAGGCCGUUCUGGGCCAAGGUGGGAGACACAGUGCAGUUUGGAAGUUUCACCUCGACCUCGGCGAGUCGGGACGUGGCAGAGAUCUUCGCUGGAGGGGGAGGGGUUGGGGGCACUCUCUUUCACAUCCGCACGGCCAGGGGAGCCUCGGUGGAGGAGCUCUCCCCCUUCCCGCAGGAGAGAGAGGUCCUCAUCCCACCCUGCGAGGCGUUCCGAGUGGACAGAGUCGAGAGGUCGGAGAUCCAUGGCCAGCCCCGCAUUGACCUCCACCUGACUUCCCUCCAGCUCUCCGGGGAGAUCAGGCCCCGAUGCCCUGGGCCCCUGUACCUCCUCACCCUCGCCCUCACCCUCGCUCGGCAACUGUGUUAAUACCAGCAGGAAACGGGCACUAAUCAACUAACCACCACGUCAAUCAGAAAUUAAUCCCAGGGGUCAGUACUGAGGGAGUGGGCACUGUCGGAGGGUCAGUGCUGAGGGAAUGCAGCACUGUCAGAGGGUCAGUGCUGAGGGAGGGCCGCACUGU